CUCUGAGAACCCGAGGAGGCGAAUAAACGGCGGAAGGAGGGACGUUGCGAGAUGUCUCGCUCGCCUCUGGGCUCGUCGGCGGAUCGCUGUCCCUCGGCUCCCGAUUUCCUCAGCCUCCUCUUUGGCCUCGUCCCCGGCGGCUGGCCACCGGAAGGGGCGGCCGGGCUUCCUCCGCGGCCACCGUGGUCCCGUCGAGAGCCAGGCGGUCCCCAGCGCCACUGUGAUUCGGACUCCCCUGAUCAUGGAGUUCCCGGACCUGGGGGAACAUUGUUCAGAAGAGACUUGCAAACAGCUAGAUUUUCUUCCGUUAAACUGUGAUGCAUGUAAACAAGAUUUCGGUAAAGACCAUUUUACUUGUGCUGCACAUAAAUGUCCGUUUGCGUUCAAGAAGGACGUUCGGGUCCCAGUAUGCCCACUUUGUAACAAACCAGUUCCAGUAAAAAAGGGAGAGAUCCCUGAUGUGGUGGUUGGUGAGCACAUUGAUCGAGACUGUGGCUAUCAUCCUGAGAAGAAAGAGAAGGUUUUUAUACGCCGGUGCUCAAAAGAGGGGUGCAGGAGGAAAGAGCUGCUGCAGGUGAUUUGUGACCAGUGCCAUGGCAGCUUCUGUAUUCCGCACAGACACCCUCUGGAUCAUGGCUGCCAACACGGGAGCCGCGCUGUUGGCGUAGCCGGGUGAGGAGCAGCUGAGCCGGGACGUGCUGGCUCAUGGACACGGACCUGGACCCCUCACGGUGGGGACGGGGCACCUUCAAGCAUUGCACCGAACUAAGUUGUUGAUGUGAACUGUUUGUUGUAGACUUUUGAAUGAAUAUAAUCUAAAUUAAAGUUGGAUUCUAGUUG